AAGACACCAUGAUUAUCCCAAGGCACAUAUAUUGAAAACCUCUGAAUCUCUGAUCAUCUCAGCUGCGUGUAUAUAUAUUAUAUAUAGAAACAAGUCCGGAAGGAGAGAGAAAUUGAGAAAGACAGGGAGGGAUUGAGGUAACAAAGAUGGGAACUGUAGUUCUUGAUGCUGUGACUGUCGAAUUGCCCGCAAGUACUGUUGACAAGGAAAACAGCCAUGUCAUCACCAGUCCCUCUGAUCCUCAGCAACUUGACGCAGGAGCUCUAUUUGUUCUCAAAUCUAGAGGAUCAUGGUUACACAGCGGGUAUCAUUUGACUUCGUCGAUUGUAGCGCCAGCACUUUUGACUCUGCCAUUCUCGUUCAAACUAUUAGGAUGGGUUGGUGGAGUACUGUGCUUGAUCGUUGCAGGUCUCGUCACAUUCUAUUCUUACAACCUCUUUUCGGCUGUCCUGGAGCAUCACGCUCAGCUUGGCCAUCGCCAGCUUCGCUUGAGAGACCUGGCCAGGCACAUUUUAGGACCACGAUGGGCCAAAUAUUACAUAGGCCCACUUCAGUUUGCUAUAUGCAUUGGUACAGUUAUUGGUGGACCUCUCGUGAUAGGAAUAAGCCUUAAGUUUAUUUACACGCUGUACAACCCAACAGGAACAAUGAAGCUGUACCAAUUUAUCAUGAUAAGCGGGGUUGUCACACUAGGGUUGGCUCAAAUCCCAUCAUUUCACUCUCUAAGGCACUUGAAUCUUGUUUCUCUUAUUCUGUGUCUGGCUUAUAGUGCUUGUGUCACAGCCGGUUCCAUAUAUAUUGGUCAUUCCAAGAACGCACCCACCAGAAACUAUUCAGUCAAAGGAAGCAGUGCAGACCAACUUCUUGGCGUCUUCAAUGGCAUUUCAAUCAUUUCCACCACAUAUGCAUGUGGUAUCCUUCCUGAAAUACAGGCAACGAUAGCACCGCCGGUGAAGGGAAAGAUGUUCAAAGGACUAUGCUUAUGCUAUUCUGUGGUGGUCACAAAUUAUUUUAGUGUUGCCAUAUCGGGAUACUGGGCAUUUGGAAAUCAGGCUGGUUCCACCAUUAUUGCUAACUUCAUGGGAGAACACAAGCCUUUGCUUCCCACUUGGUUUCUAGUGAUGACCAACUUGUUUAUUCUUGUGCAAGUACUAGCAGUCACCGUGAGCUAUAUGCAGCCAACAAAUGAGUUAUUUGAAUCCAUGUUUGGAGACCCGAGCAAGGGAGAGUUUUCACUUCGGAAUGUAGUGCCACGUGUCAUAUCAAGGUCAUUAUCAGUGGUGGUGGCCACAGUACUGGCUGCGAUGUUGCCAUUCUUUCAAGACAUAAUAGCAAUUUUUGGAGCGUUCGGGGUGAUUCCUAUAGACUUCAUUUUGCCAAUGGUUUUCUUCAAUCUCACCUUCAAGCCUUCAAAACGCAGUUUCAUCUUUUGGGGCAACACAUUGAUAGCUUUAGCUUCCUCAGUUUUGGUUGCAAUAGGAGGAAUAGCAUCCAUUAGACAGAUAGUUCUCGAUGCCAAAACAUACAGUUUAUUUUCUGACCUUUAGAAUAUGAGCGCGCGCGCGCGCGCCCACGUAUGACGAAGUUGGGUAAUCCUUCCUCAUCACUCUACCAUAGUAAAGAGUGGGUACUGAAAUAGAACAAUACCGAAGCGCAAGAAGGCUUGGUUUGACGAGGUUAGAUUGAACAGCAUUUUCAGGUAAAGGAUAUCUGCUAGCAAAUGCUAACCUGAAUGGUGGUUGGAAUCUCCAGUUCAUUGUAUAGAGGGCUUUAUAUAUAUAUAUAUAUAUAUCGCUCAUGACUGGAGAAUUAUAAUGCAUGUGUGUGAAACCAGCUGAUAAAAGCAGGAUCAGUGACUGUGAUAAGGGGGAUUAAUGGAGAUGACAACGAUGAACAGCCUUUUCGUGGAAGUGAAUGAAGAAGCCAGAUCAUCCUUAGCUUAGCUUGUUAAUUAGCUGUAGAAGUGAAUGAAUGUGCCGACGUUUUAGCCAUCAGGAUUUCACACUGUCAAAGACGGUUUUGACCAAUCUCCACAUUCUUUGUAAAUUCUUUUUGUCAUUUGUAUACGACAAAGAUAUAUUUUUUCUGAUCUAUAUAUAAUUAUUCUAGGACCAAGAAAA